AUGUGGCGCCCGACCUCGUCGUCCAGGCGCAAUCCGAAAGCUGAAUCGUCCUCUCGCCCUCCACUAUCCCCUCGAUCUACUCUCACUGAAGUACUUCGUCUCAACCAACUACGUGUCAAGAACUCGUCUCCUGCUUUAACCAAGGAGAAUGCCGUACAGGAUGCAGCCAUCUCGCUGAACGAAGAUCUUGCAGUGCUUGCCGGCAUCUACCCUGAUGUCAAGUAUGACUGUCUACGGGAGCUAUUGAGCCGCUUUGAUGGUGACAGUCGUCUUGAGAUCUGUACCGAGCAGCUCUAUAGAUACAAGAAUGAGUGGAUGAAAGGGAGACUUCAGGUUCCUCCUAGGGAACAAGACGAGCAGAUUCAUACGGAGGAACAAUUCAGAACGCAGCAGUACCGAUCUGCUUGCAGCUGGUUGUUGCAAAAAGAGUUCAAUUCACUCAACAAGAGUGCUAUUGAGGCCGUUCUUGCCGAGGUCAAUAACGCAUAUGGAAAGGCCAGACCCAUCCUACAAGAGAUUGCCAACAAGUCGUGGCGGGCGACGUUGCAAUCAUUGUUCCGGAAAAAGAAGGAUACGCAGUCUCUUCCAACCUUUCUCUGGAUCAGAGGAAGGAUUGGCCAAGAACUUGUGCCCACCGGAGAUACAGAGCUUGACAAUGAGCUGGAAGCACUUUUCGUAAGACCACUACGAACAGAGUUGGCACAAUCGCAACAAGAGCAAGACUUCACACUAGCUGUACAGCUCAAUGAGUGGGAGGCCCAACAAGCCGAGGCUCUCUAUGAGUGUCAAAUCUGCUACAGUGACACGCCGUUCGAAAACGUGUCAGCAUGCAAUACCGAGGGGCAUAUUGUCUGCUUGGACUGUGUCCGAAAGUCUUUGAAGGAGGCAAUCUUUGGUCAAAAUUGGGCACAGUCUGUCGAGCCCGCACUGAGCACUUUGAAAUGUCUUGCACCUAUUGAUCCUCGUUGCAAUGGUCAUGUUCCAGCGGCUCAACUCGAACAAGCUGUGCUUCUGGAGCACUCAGGUCGAGAGUUAUGGGAUAGAUUUGAAGAACGCCUUGCUGAAAAAGCGAUCUUUGACUCACAGCUGCCGAUUGUACGUUGUCCCUUCUGUCCAUACAUCGAGGCCGACAAUUUCUUCACUCUCGAAACAGCUCGCCAACACAUCCAGUGGUCCUUUCAACCCUCUUCGAGACACCGCAAGAUCCUCGCCAUCCUCGCCUGCGAGUUCAUUCUACCAACUCUACUUUUCGUGUAUCUCGCUCUCCGUCUCGUUUGGCCAUCGUUAUUGCCAACCCUCUUUUACACCUCACUUGCACGCCUUGCUUCCACUCAGCGUACCAUCCGCUUCCAAUGCCAGAACCCUACAUGCAAGCGCAGAUCUUGCCUAAAAUGUCACAAGGCCUGGCACGAUGCUCAUUCUUGUGAUGAGCCACUCCUUCUUUCCCUCCGUCAGUCAGUCGAAGCAGCACGUACUAAUGCGGUGAAGCGAGUCUGUCCUCGCUGCGGCACGGCCUUCGUCAAAUCUUCUGGUUGCAACAAGCUUACUUGUGUCUGUGGCUACAGCAUGUGUUACUUAUGUCGGAAGAAUAUCGGCAAGACAGGAGAAAAUGAAGGCGCUGAAGGAUACAGACAUUUCUGCGAACACUUUAGACCUGUACCCGGCACAAAAUGUACACAGUGCGAUAAGUGUGAUCUAUACAAAAGCGAGGAAGAGGAUGUCAUUGUAAGAAAGGCCGGUGAAGAUGCUGAAAGGGAGUGGAGGAACAAGCAGAAGCAAGAAGGCAAAGGUGGAAAUUCCAAUGAAGUGGAUAACCUCAAGAUCAACCAUGAUCUGUUAGCAGAACGACUAAGCAUUUGGCAGAAGUUCUUGCGAGGAGACUGGACUGUUCAGGGCAUAGCAGACGAGAUUGUGGCCAAGGUAGUCAUUGUCCAAGUAUAA